AUGCCAGCAAUCAAGGCAGCGGCAUGGCCGAUGCCCCUCGACAAUGUCUUUACUCAGACAUCUGAUGAUCAGCUCGAAACAGAAGAAGCAAUCAAUGCUCUCUUCUCUCGGCUUCGCCCUUCAAAGUUCGACUUUGCCAAAGCAGGCAGCAGCAACAGUGCCAUCAUCAACCCCUGGCUCUCACCAGCUGAGCAAGAUCAGCAACGUGCCGAAGCAUCCUCACACGCAAAGGCGUUAUCAAAGCCAACGCUGUUGCUCGAGAGGCAGGCACAUAUCUCCUUCCUCACUAAGCUGCUCGAACCACUCCCUGGCGCUUACACCGCUUUCGAUACGAAUCGCUCUUGGCUGCUGUACUGGAUUCUGCACUCCUACGAUCUUCUCUCUGUAUCGCUCGAUCCAAAAGGCCGCGCCAGGGCCAUUGCGACGCUGCUCUCGUUUCAGAACAAAGGCUCGGGUGGGUUCGGCGGAGGGCCAGAUCAGAUCGCCCACCUGAUGGCCACGUACGCAGCUGUUUCAGCGCUCGCCAUCAUUGGCGGUCCAGGUCCUGCCCCCACAGCAGAGCACGUCGCCGAUGGCAAGUCGGUCGAAGUGGGCCAUGGUGGGUGGGACGCGAUUGAUCGCACAACGAUGUAUAAUUGGAUAUCGAGCCUGAAGCAGCCAGACGGAAGCUUCUUGGUGCACGUCAAUGGCGAGGUGGACGUGCGAGCGGGAUAUUGCGUCAUCUGCAUCACCACUCUUCUCGGCAUCUCGACCCCGAAACUUUUUGACGGCAUGGCUCCCUUCAUCGCGAGCUGUCAGACGUACGAGGGCGGAAUUGCAGCCGCAAGCCAACCAACAUAUCAAGCCUCCGCGGACGAUGACAUUUUGCGCGUUUCUCAGGACGUUGCUCGCCCUCCGCUGGGAGAAGCACAUGGCGGAUAUACAUACUGUGCGGCAGCAAGCUCCCUAUCGCUUUCAUUACUUGACUCCAGCCUUGGUGGUUCGACUACAGCAGCAUCUUCGUCUGCGGACUUUAAAGUAGUGUCGUCCUCUCAUGAACCAACUGCUCAGCUCGAUCGCGAUGCUCUUAUUCGCUGGGCCACUGCACAGCAGGGAAUCCCAUUCGAGGGUUGCGGCUUUCGCGGACGUACCAACAAGCUCGUUGAUGGCUGCUAUGGCUGGUUUUCGGGAGGUGGACUCUUCACCAUCCUCUCGGCUAUGAUCGAAGCUGACCUUAUCGAGCAAGCUCGCCCCUCCUCAUCUGCAGCCACUAGCAGCGCUGUCGAGGUCCACGACUGGAACGGGAUGCUCACCGUGCCAGCAACACCGGUCAUCCUUGCUCCAUCGUCAAGUAGCAGCAACAGCAGUGGAUCGUGGAGGACUGAGCCAAGCCUUGAUGCUGGUGUGGCUAACGACUGUGGAUAUGACAGCAACGACGCUACUGCUGUCGACAUCGAAGACCUCUCUCCGCUGACGCUGUUCGACCGUGUUGGUCUGCAAGAAUACAUUCUCGUCGCUGCGCAGCGGACAGCUUCCGAUGGCGGUGGACUCCGCGACAAGCCAGGCAAGCGACCCGACGCGUAUCACACGUGUUACAACCUUUCUGGACUCAGUCUUUCCCAGCAUUCUGUUCGACUCAGCAUUGAGACAUCAAAAUUUUUAUCCCAGCAUUACAAACGGGAGCAAGAGCAGCAAGAUGGUGGAUGGAACAAAAAGGUAUACGCGACCAUGCUGGCAUGGACGCUCUCGGCGAGGGACGAAAUCGUGGUCGAAGCAACAGAGGGUACGCAUGGUUCUCAGAGCAAUAAGGUGAACGCAACCCAUCCUAUUUUCAACAUCACUUUUCCUAGAGCAAAAGCGUUCAUGGACUGGUCAUACGAUCAGCUGUGA